CGCGACAAGUAGAUUUUGGACUCUCGUAGAACAACGCGCAAUCAUUGCCUCUACAAAACUCACACCAUGUGAACACGAUUCUGUCAACAUGUCUACAUUCGAUGUUAUUCCAAUUGCGCGCUUCGCAGGCUCUAGUGCUGCGAUCAAGAGACCACGGGAAAUUGCAUGCUUCUCAUAUGACAGCGAACACAAGUUCCGCCUCGAUGACUCCUCGAUCAACUAUUACUACCCACCCGCGCUUCCUGCGGACCUCAACGCGGGCUUCGAGACGUUUAACAACUUGAGGGAGGACCAGAAGGGCGAUGAGCAUAUUGACAGCUUGCUGAAGACGAUCAUGGCAUUGGAGAAGAAGGAGGGCAAGAAGUGCGAGGCAGACUUCGUGACGUGGAGGGGCAUGAUGACCAAGAUCAUGGCUGCGCCGUUUGACAUGUUCAGCGAGUUCGAGAUGUACGCAACGUGUUACCAAGGAACGAUCUUUAUCGAAGAAGACUACCAGUGGCACCUCGACCAGCGUGCCAAACAGUUGACCCAAAAGUCACGCCGUCAACAUUCGGCAUCACAAGAGCUGAUGCAGUACUGGGGCUACAAAUUCGAAACCCUCGCCCUAAUCCCGGACAUCUGGGACAACGUAUCGCGCGAAUACAUUGAGUCGCGGCCCUCGCUGCCCGUCAGCAACAAGGCCCAAUACUGCUCCGUCGUCCGCACUGCCAUCGGCACCUCCUCUAUGGUCAUCGGCGGCGAAGUAGACGCCCUAUGGGACUCCAAGCCCUCCAAACCCUCUCCCGACCCAACCUCCACCUCCACCUUCAGCCUCCAAGACGACCCCUCCACCGACGAACCCAUAAAUUGGGUCGAGCUCAAAACCGCAAUUUGGCCGGCAACGACCGGAGAAAUGCUCACAUUCGAGCGUAAGCUGCUCAAGUUCUGGAUCCAAUCCUUCCUGCUCGGCGUGCCGCGCAUCAUCGUUGGCUUCCGUGACAGGCACGGCAUCCUGCGCAGCCUCGAGGAGCUGCAGACACACAGCUUGCCCGGGAUGGUCAAGCGGCAGCACGCGUCUUGGGACGGCAAUACGUGUGUGAACUUUGCGGCUGGGUUCUUGGCGUACCUCAAAGAGACGGUGACUACGCCAGAAAAAUACCGCAUCCGCCGCACAAAGGGCUCGCCGACAAUCGAAGUCGUCAAACUCCCGAGCGCACUCGGCGACUACUCGCACAUCCUCUCCGCAGAGUUUGUGCAGUGGCGGGAGGAGGGCGGCAACGAGACGUCUGGUUGA